UGUCGUUGUUUCUCCCUAUAUAAACACUACGUUAUCUGUGUUUUUUUCAUUCACUCCAUCAUUCUUUUUCUUUCUUUCUUUCUCAUCUUCAUUCCCCUUCAUUUUCAUAUAAUCCAAACAGCAAAAGUUGAACACACACAGAGAAAUUGUCAGAGAUGGGGAUUUCUAACAGAUUGCUCUCUUCGUUAGCUUUGCUAGUAACGUUUAUUUUGUUUUUCGUUUGUGUCAAGGCCUCAGCAGAGAAAACAGAGCUGAAUUCAAGGUUCAGUGAAGAAAACAAGUUGCAGGGCUUGAAAAACUCAUCAAUGGAAGAGGGGUUGGAGGAUGUGCAAUGGAUAAAUGAGCACUCAGUCGACAAUCCAGAGGAAAUUGCUUCAAUGGUGGAUAUGAGCAUAAGAAAUAGCACAGAGAGGAGGAAAUUGGGAUAUUUCUCAUGUGGAACAGGGAAUCCGGUUGAUGAUUGCUGGCGAUGUGAUCGGCAUUGGUAUCUCAGGCGAAAGAACCUUGCCAACUGUGGCAUUGGCUUUGGACGCAACGCCAUUGGUGGUCGUGAUGGGAGGUACUAUGUGGUGACUGACCCUAGGGAUGACGACCCUGUGAACCCCAAACCAGGCACCCUCCGCCAUGCUGUUAUCCAGGACCGCCCACUUUGGAUCGUGUUCAAGCGUGACAUGGUGAUCAGGUUGAAGCAGGAGCUUAUAAUGAACAGUUUUAAGACCAUCGAUGGUCGUGGUGCCAAUGUGCAUAUCGCUAAUGGGGCCUGCAUCACCAUCCAGUAUGUCACUAAUAUUAUCAUCCAUGGAAUCCACAUUCAUGAUUGUAAGCCCACCGGCAACGCCAUGGUUCGAAGCUCCCCAUCUCAUUACGGGUGGAGGACCAUGGCUGAUGGGGAUGGCAUUUCCAUAUUUGGGGCAAGCCAUAUUUGGGUUGACCAUAAUUCACUCUCUAACUGUGCUGAUGGACUCAUUGAUGCUAUAAUGGGUUCCACUGCAAUUACCAUCUCAAACAACUACUUCACCCACCAUAACGAGGUUAUGUUGUUGGGACAUAGUGAUUCUUACGUAAGAGACAAGCAGAUGCAAGUGACCGUUGCUUAUAACCAUUUCGGUGAGGGUCUUAUCCAAAGAAUGCCAAGGUGUAGACAUGGAUAUUUUCAUGUAGUGAACAACGACUACACCCACUGGGAGAUGUAUGCCAUUGGUGGAAGUGCAAAUCCCACCAUUAACAGCCAGGGCAACCGAUACCUUGCCCCUUUCAACCGCUUUGCUAAAGAGGUUACAAAGAGAGUGGAGAGAUCGAAGAGUAAAUGGAGACAUUGGAAUUGGAGGUCAGAAGGAGACAUGUUUUUAAAUGGAGCAUAUUUCACUCCAUCAGGAGCAGGAGCAGCAGCCAGCUACGCUAAGGCCUCUAGCUUAGCAGCCAAAUCCUCUGCCUUAGUUGGCACCAUUACUUCAAAUGCAGGCGCCCUUUCUUGUCGCCGUGGUUUCAUGUGUUAGUUCUUUGCUACUCCUCCGUACAGAAGAUGGAAACAAAACUCAUUUUCCUUUAGAUAAUAUAUACCAUUUUAAUUAGUAGUAUUCUAUUCCCUCAGUUUUCGGCCCUAUAGAUUAUUCUGAUCAAUCCCUUUUGACAAGUAUACAAAAAAUUAUAGAAAUUGUCCUUAUUUCGCUCCCUCAUAUACCAAAAACAUUUCACUUUCCAUAGAAUGCCAAUGAUCGACCUUGGCCUCUCUCUAAGGUGCCAUGAGGUGUUUACUUCUACAUUGCUUCUCUCUAGUCCUUUAGAUUAUUUUUAAGCAUUUGGGUCAUUGUAUUUCUGUUUCUUUGAUUAAUUAGUUAGCACAUAAGUUGCUCAUGAAGGCAAAAAAUCAUGUUGUGACUUGUGAGUAUAGCUUUUAAGGACAUUGUCUUGCAUGUAUACUAUAAUGGUUCACAUUGUCUUGUAUGUAGACUAUAGUGGUUCACAUUGCUUGCAUUUGAGGAUUAAGCUUCAAUCCUCUUUCAAUCCAUUGAAAAGUAAAAUUUACGUAUCUUUCAAUCA